UCGGAGGCGGUAUUUCGUCUUUCGUAAUCUCUCGGGUAGCGGUCCGGUCACGUGGGGUGCGCCGCCAUAUUGCUUGCAGCGCUACUGCGACCAGCUAGGCGUAUCCAAGAUGGCGACGAACCAGCCUCUUGACGCGAGCCCGAUGGAGUCGAGGUUCGAGAGAGGCGAGCACUGCCUUAAGGUACCCAUGUCCCUUUUUCGGGAGAACCGGCAGCGGCUGAUAGAACGACUCAAGAAAAUCCAGGCCGUUCCGCAACGUGGGGCUUAUGUCGUCCUCAAGGGCGGAGUGGACGUCCCCUUCAACGACACCGACAUCAACCUGCCCUUUAGACAAGAGUCUUAUUUUCAAUGGUGUUUCGGGGUCGAGGAGCCCGGUUGCUACGGGGCCCUGGAUUUGACGACCGGCUCCUCCAUCCUGUUCUUCCCGGAGUUUCCGGCGGAGUAUGCCACCUGGAUGGGCGAGCUGGGCACCUUGAAAGACCUGAAGAAAAGGUACGCCGUAGACGAGACCUACUAUACCGGCAAGAUCUCCAAGUACUUCGAAGCGCGGGACCCGGCCGUUCUCCUCACUUUGAAGGGAACGAACUCCGACAGUGGCUUGACCGCGACGGAGGCGAAUUUCGAAGGAAUCGAACGGUUCAACGUCAACAGUGACAUCCUGUUUCCAGAAAUAGCCGAGUGCCGAGUUGUAAAGUCCCCAAAGGAAAUAGAGGUGCUGCGAUACGUCAUCAAAGUCAGCUCGGAUGCCCACAAGGCGGUGAUGAGGACAGUUCGACCAGGCCUCGUCGAGUUCCAGGCAGAGGCUGCAUUCUUGCACUACGUGUACUCCGUUGGUGGGUGCAGACACGUCUCCUACACGUGCGUAUGCGGAUCCGGCCACAAUGCGUCUGUUUUACAUUACGGCCAUGCUGGGGCGCCGAACAAUAAAGUCAUCCGAGACCACGACAUAUGCCUCUUCGACAUGGGCGCCAAUUAUUGCGGCUAUGCCGCUGACAUUACCUGCAGCUUCCCGGCGACUGGAAAGUUCACCGAGGAUCAGAAAUUCAUUUACAACGCCGUGCUGGAUGCGCGAAAUGCUGUGAUAAAAGCCGCGAAACCCGGCGUCACCUGGCCUGAUAUGCAUAUUUUGGCGAAUAAGGUCCUUCUCCAGGCCCUGAAGAACGGCGGAUUGUUGAAGGGAGAGGUAGAAGACAUGCUGGAAGCGGACUUGGCCGCGAUUUUUCAAUACCAUGGACUGGGUCACUUCUUGGGCUUGGACGUACACGACGUCGGAGGUUACCUUCCGGGACAUCCUAAACGUUCCUCCAAACCAGGUCUGAAGAAUUUGAGGACUGCUAGAGUUUUACAAGCCGGCAUGGUCUUGACGGUCGAGCCGGGUUGUUACUUCAUUAAUGCGCUGCUGGACGCAGCACUCCAGAAUCCCGAGCAGUCGAAAUUCAUCGUAAGGGAGCGACUGGAAAACUUCCGUGGAUGGGGAGGAGUAAGGAUAGAAGACGAUGUCCUCAUCACUGAAAACGGAGUCGAGAACUUGACUUUCGUGCCGCGCACCGUGGAGGAGAUCGAAGAGUGGAUGGCCAAAGGAAGAGACAAGCUCGAGCUACCUCAGAAAAGGAAAUUUUAUCCGGAUGACCUUUCUUGAGCGUUCGUCUCGAUGUACUUGAGUGCCUCUCGAUAAACAGGCAUUUACCUAUACACGUUAUUUGGAACGAAUGUGGUAUAUAUUCAUACAUACAUACAAACAUACAACAUACAUACAUACGUAUAAACAUAUAUUUUACUACGAUAUUAUACAUGCAAGG